CCCAUAGGCCACAAUAACAUCAAAUGAAGAUUCUUCGAGAGAAAUCUUUUAUUUUUCCAUCAGAGAUGAGAAAAUCAAACCCUGUAAGUUCGUCCUUUUAGGAUCUGUAUGUGGAAGGAGAACCAGUUUGCUAUCUAUGGUUUUCUGUAUAGGUUGAAUGUCGCUCGUUCGUGGGUUUCGAUUUAGGGUUUUGGGGUUUGCGAUUUUGCGGUUCAAAUCCAUUCUUUGUGGGUUAUUGAUUAGUGGAUUUCUCACCAGAACCUUUCAUAGCUCUCUGAUUCUUUCUUCUAAUCAGAAAUUUCUGUAAAAUUCAAUGUACCUGUCCGCCGGCUAUAUUUGGGAGAAAAUUGAUACCUGAUCCGCUUCCGUUGACUCCUCUUUCUCCCAUGGCGGCGGCGGCGACAGCGACGUCAGAGUAACCUCGAUUUCUGCUUCUUCGGCGAUCUAGUUUCAUUUUACGUCCUGGAAAGAUUCGAUCAGUCUUUCUCUGGAGAAACGUAGUCGAAUUGAUCUGCCGUGCAAAAUCAAAUCGGGGAUGAUGCCGCCGGACGAAUUGAUGUUGGAAAUUUUGACCAGGCUUCCUGGUAAGCAACUGGGGAAGUGCAAAUGCGUAUGCAAAUCUUGGCAAUCGCUGAUCGGGGGUCCUGUUUUUAUGGAUAUUUACCGGAAUCGUCAACGGCGGCUGAUAUUGUACUCGGCAUUGAGGCCCAGAGAGAGUUUAUAUUCACGCCUCAGUUGCUUUUCCUCAACCCUUGGCCGACUUAAGGAGUCCACUGAAGAAUUCAGUUGCCUAAGUGAACUGCAGAUCAAACCUUUCUAUUGUACCCAAGCAGUCAACGGCCUGAUGUGCAUUAUUGAAAAUGAUUGCCGCAUCUCUGUUUACAACAUCUGUACUGGUCAGUUGAUGAGUGUUCCUGAACCAAAUGAUUGUGGUUCUGAUACCAGAUCAACUUUUCAUUUUGGAUAUGACCCUGUAUCGAAGGUCUAUAAAUUGAUAAGGUUGAUGUGCUCCGGUAAUUCCCGACUGACCCAAGUUGAGGUUAUCAACUUGAGGCCCUCUAAUUCAUCGGCCACAUGGAGGAAACUGGACAAUGAUGCCUGCGAUCUCAGUGAUUUCCGGUAUCUGGUAUCUCAAUUUCUUUUCACGGAUGAUGGGUUCCUAUGGUUUUUAUCAGGGCUUGAUUCACUAUUCUCUUUCGAUCUCAACAAGGAAAAGUUUAAACGGAUUAAGCUCCCUGAAGGUAUCAGAGAUGAGACACAAACAUUCAAUUUAAUUCAAUCGAUGGGACGUCCAGCCAUGUGGGUCUUGCCUAAGGCAGCUAAGUCCUCAUGUUUUAUACUCUUCGUGCUAGAGAACUAUGAGGGUGACAUGUGGAACAAGUAUUGUGUUCAAUUUCCGGAAGAACUUGGUGGAUUUCAUAAUUUUACCAUCGACAUGGGAAACCUCCCUACUGGUGAGAUUUUGUUGACCAAUGUUAUGGUGAGAAGCCAGGACCACUACAUGUCUGUUUAUGCUUUUGAUCAUCACACAAGUAAGUUUGACCAUUUUCUAAUCAGAGAAUUCCCUAAGAGGCCUCAUGCGUAUGUGCGUGGAUCACAAAAUCAUGGACAUGAAUGUGCCAAGAUAUCCUGUUUACAUGAUAAUAAUUGUCUCUAUCUGUCACUAAAUGAUAUUCUAAGUAGUGGUGGAGUUUGAGCUGAUUGGAGGUAGCUGAUUUGGGAAUUUGCACGAUAUUGAUGAAUGAAUGCUGCUUUGAGGUGUACUGUCAGUACUUUUGUCAUCAACAUUGUUCGUUCAAAAUGCCUGCUUUGAACUUCUCCAAAAUGCCUGUUCGUUCUUGCUUCCCUUUAAUCAUUAUCUUGUGGUUUCAAAGUGGAUUCUGCCGAAUUUCAGGGUUCUAUUUAACAUUUAGGCUGGACAUUGUUCAGUUGAUGUGUAAUCUAUCAUAUUGAUUAAGUAGGCUCGUUUUGAGCAUUAAGCUCUCUUCAGUACCAAGUCUUGUUUGAUGUUUGUCUUUCUGAAGAAGUACAAUUUUAAUAUUCUC